UGAUACCCGCUGCGCUACUUUCGUACAUCCAAUCACACCGCGAAGCCGGUUGUCUGUUGCUACACAGAGAGUGGGGAAGUAACAGCGCGAAGAAAUGUCGAAGCGACGGAUCACCCAAGAAACAUUUGAUGCUGCUGUCCGGGAAAACAUGGAGGAGUUUGAGAUGGAUCCAGAUGAGGCUCUGAGGGAAGCCGUGGAGCAGUUUGAGUCUCAGGGUGUGGAUCUCAGUUGCAUAGUGAAAGUUGUUCCUGCUGCAUCAUCUGAUGACAAUCAGGACGAGCAAACUCACGAGGUCUUACAGGCUUUGGAAUCUCUCCGGAUUGGAAACAACACUGCGACAGCAGACAUAAAAUGCUUCACCGAGCAGUGCUCGCUUGGAUUUGCGCAGAGGUACUUGGCUGCUCAGAAAGGCGCGUAUCCCGUCAUUCUCUCCUACUGCCAAAAGAGCGUGGAGGAGCAGGACUGUGCCUUGGCUGGGCUGUCCGCUCUGGCCGCGCUGACAGACGGACAGCCAGACCUGUUGGACAAAGAGGGACAGCAGUUUCUUGUAGAUGUUCUUCAAAAGUACCAGGCAGAUUCAUCGGUGACGUGUGUCGCCAUCUGUGUGGUGCGUCACUGCUGCAUAAAGCAUGAGCAGAACAGACAGGAUCUGGCGAAAGGCGGAAUGCUGCCGCUUCUUACCGGUGCCAUAACGCGACACAGCGACUGCGCCGCGCUCGUCAAAGAGGCCUCCUGGGCCCUUCGGGUCAUGACGUUUGAUGACGAUGUGCGGGCUACGUUUGGGCACGCUCACGAACACGCCAAGAGUAUUGUUCUAGAGCACAAUGGGCUGAAGAUUUUAAUUGAGGCUGCAAAAGCUCAUCUUAGCAACACUUCUGCUCUGGGUGAACUGUGUGCCACUUUAUCCCGACUGGCCGUCAGGAACGAGUUUUGCCAGGACAUCUGUGAUCUGGGAGGAUUAAAAUUCAUGAUGACUUUACUUGCGGACAGCUAUGAGUCACCGGAGUUGGUCCGGCAGGUCCUUAGCGCCAUACGUGCAAUAGCAGGAAAUGAUGAUGUGAAGGAUGCGGUCGUUAAUGCCGGUGGGGUUGACCUUAUUGUUAUUGCCAUGAAUCGACAUAUCAACAACCCUGCUGUCUGCGAGCAGGCCUGCGCAUGCCUCUCUGUUCUCGCCCUGCGAAAACCCAACAACUGCAAAGUCAUCGUGGAGAACGGAGGCGUCAUAGCAGCCGUGCAGGCCAUGAAGAUCCAUCCGGGUUCUGUGAAUGUGCAGAAACAAGCAUGCAUGCUGAUAAGAAACCUUGUCGCGAGAACGCGUAACUACUGCCAACAAAUCCUGGAGCUGGGAGCAGAAGCUCUGAUAUGUCAGGCUGUGCAGACGCACGAAGACUGCGGUGACAUCGGUAAAGCUGCUCUCAGAGAUUUGGGAUGCAAAGUGGAGCUUCGGGAGCUCUGGACUGGGAAACAUGGCAGCAUUACCAACUGAGUUUGGAAUAAAACAACAAUGGUCAUGUUACAGCUUUAA